AUGGCCGGUAACAGUGUAUACAUAAUUGUGCUUGUUUAUCCCAAUUGUCGUAUGAGAAAUGACGACAACGGGGUGAUAUUUGAGUACGAGGAUCCGAUAUUGUUUCGAACUCAGCUUGUGAAUACGUUGUCAGAUUUGAAAAGUUUGAUAUUGAGCAAGUUUGGUGGUAUAGCAGUGAGGGAUAUCGGAAGGGUGGGGUACAGGUUGCUAGCACCCAUAGAUAACGGCGUAUUCCGGUUUCGACUAUUCCGACUUCAAGGGGACGAGCAUGUGCGACUGAUGUUCGACAUCCAUGGGAAGAUCAUGGCAGAACAGGUAAUGGAGCUUUCCGCCGAGGUGGGAGAUAGUGAUCGUGGUGGUUCUAUACACUCGACCUAUAUACAGGACGAUCGACCUCUCGCACCACCGCCCAUUCAUGUCGCCAUUCCAGUGGAUGAGGCGGAGGAGGGCGAGGAGGAGUCGGACAGAGAUUACGUGGUGGAUAGCACGGACAGUGAUUCUUUCAAAGGUGGCGAUGAGGAUGAGUUUGUGCCAGAGACGCCUGCCCAGACUAUGGCGCGCCAUGUGCUGCCUCCACCUCACCCAAUUCUGACGCUAUCAGCGAUGUCAAGUCACUAUCACAGUCUGGAUCUAGACACCAUGCAUGAGAGGAUUCCGUUUUCUAACACGGGUGAAGAGGGUUACAACCUAGACGGUGGGCUAGAGUUUCGGGUCGGCCACAAGUUCAAAAGCCGAGAGGCAGUGCUUCAGGGUGUGAAGAACUACAGUAUUCGCAGGAGUGCUGAGUACCGGGUUAUCGAAUCGGACCGGUUAAAGUACCAUAUGCAGUGCCGUCAAGCUGAAAAUGGAUGUCAAUGGAGGCUUCCUGUGGCCCUUCGGCAAAACCUCAGAUACUGGGAGGUUCAAAGGGUUGGUAGAGCGCACAGUUGUGUUUCGAGGAUCACAGCAGAACUUCCUGUUGUGGUAGAUGGUGAAUUUAUAGUGGGAAUGGAAUUCAGUUCGAGGGAGGCAGUAAUCAAGGCAAUGAAAGAUUAUACCAUCUGUAGAGAUGUAGACUAUCGGGUGUAUGAGUUGGAAUUGAUGACAUUCUAUGCUAAAUGUACACAAUAUGGCGCAGGUUGUGAUUGGCUGAUCAGGGUUACCAAAAUGCAGAAGAAGUAUUGUUGGGAGAUAAGGAGGUAUAAUGGUAGUUACACUUGUAUCAGAUCUACUAUUUCUCAAGACCAUUCGAAGCUGGAUGUCUACCGUGACACUCCAAAUAACCAAAUGCUGACAGAUGUCUAA